GGGUUGAACCAGUCGUCCAUUUAACAAUUCAUACCGAUAUUGGGAGCAGACGAUCCAGACGUUUAACUCAACUGUCCGCGAAGCAAACUUAACAUGCCGAAGUGUCCUAACUGUCAGAAGGAAGUAUACUUUGCGGAGAAGGUGACCUCUCUGGGAAAAGACUGGCACAGACCUUGCCUUAAAUGUGAAAAAUGUAGCAAGACUCUAUCUUCAGGCAGCCAUGCGGAGCAUGAGGGAAAGCCAUAUUGCAACAAGCCGUGCUACGCAGCGCUCUUUGGCGCCGGAGGAUUCGGCCACGGUGGUACCGAAUCUCAUAAAUAUUAGGCGGGGACAGGGAGGUGCAAAGAUUCCACCUCUGCCAGCGUAACGCGUUGUCCUUUUCAAGUAGCUGGCUACGUGCACAAUAAAAUAGACCAGAAAUUCCGCGGGAUAUUUCAAGAUCGACUCGUCCAACAAUCUGCUUGUGCUUGGAUGCAAAACAGCAAUCGACUAUUAUAAUAAGUGCCUGCUCAUUAUAAUACGUGACCGAAUUCGAGAUAACAGUCUGCUUAUCAAGUGACUGAAUACAGGACAACAAUCCGCUCAUUUAGUGACUGAAUGCAAAACAAGAAUCUGCUCAUCACAUGUAUAAUGCGUGCCUCGAUGCACCCUUUGUGUGUUAGAGAUGGUAUUUAUGUGAUGAACACAAAUUGUCCUAAAUGCAACCACGACCGACAUCCUCUGUCACACCGAUACCUCCACUAAUCAUUCAUUGCAAACUCGAAAAUAAACUCUCAGUGUCGUUUCGUGGUUUA